AUGAACACCAAAGAUUUUGUAGUUCUUCCAUGGGGAAAACCUGGAAAUUCUGUAAAGCUAAAAUAUAAAAAUGCUCAAGAACUGCGAAUGGAGAAAAUACAAUUAGAACUGGAGAACCAAGACAUGGAAAGGAAAUUACAAGAAUUCCAAUUAACAAGGAACAAAGAAAAAGAAGAAAUAAAGUCAAGUGGAUAUCACUGGAAAUCUGGAAAAGUGAGCAAAUUGUGUAAUCAAUCACACACAAUGUCACAAAAUAGAGGAAAUGCUAUUAAGCUUUCUGCUGGAAAGGUGAAAUUAAAAUUACUGAAGCAGCAGAUUCAAGAGCCAUGGAAAGAACCAGUUAAUUAUAAAAUGGCAAAUUCUUCCAGAAGUGAAAAACCUAAGAUAAAAAGGAAGGUUUGUGGACAGUGUGAGAACAAAGAUGCUCUACUAGUAUGCCUUGAAUGUGGUGAAGAUUAUUGUUCAGGAUGUUUUGCUAAAAUUCACCAGAAGGGGGCACUGAAGCUCCACAGAACAGCACUCUUACAGGAAAAAUCUCAGAUAUUAUCCAGUGUAUUAGAUGUUGCACAUCGAUUUAUAAAGGAAGUAAAUCCAGAUGAACCCAGAGGAAUAAAUGAUUCCAGUAAAGAAGGCAGUAAAAGUCAGAACAAACCCAAAUUUCCAAUUCAGCAGGAGAGCAGCUCUGGGGUAGAAAUUACAACAAAAAGAGAUGAAUGCAUAAAUCCAAAGGGUAGGCUCUUGCGUGAGGGGUUGUUUGAUGAAGAAGCUUCUGCCCAGUCCUUUCAGGAAGCAUUAAGUCAGUGGAGAGCUGGAACUCAUAAUGACCAAGAGAAACAGAACCCACAAUCAACAAAGCCAGUCUUGUUGGGAGGGUGUGAAGUGCAAACUAAUCUGAAAAUUUGGAGAGAACCAAUUAAUGUCGAAUUUACUGAAGACAGUCUGUCCUACAUGGAGAAGUUAUGGCUUAAAAAACACAGGAGAACUCCACAGGCACAGCUUGUUAACAUGCUACCAGAUACAUUCACACAUUCAUGUGAAACUACCAGUGAGGCACAAUGUUCUCAGAAUGAAAAGGAUGGUGACAGUGAAGUUGAGAAGAUUGAAGUACAGUAUCCAACUCUUUUCCCACCAGUAAAAGAAUUAAAUAUAGAGAGACCUGAACCAUGUCUAAAGAUAAUAGAACUGGAUGAAACUUAUGAAGAAGAAUUUGAAGAACAAGGAAACACGGUGCCUUACAAAGUUGAAUUGGCUGAUGCAGAGAGUCAACUAAG